AUCCAGGAUGGUAUUGCGAAGCUCGGCGCUGGCACUUUGUUUUCUGCCGCUCCUAGAUGGCCCUGGGCAGCGCGCCAUACGCCAUGCCACGAUGUGAUACAGGGUACUUGUCGAAUCCGACGAUCUGGUCCCCUUCCAGGUCCAUCGCUGCUUCGCCGCAUGACGCCCCAGCAGUCCCCGUCCACCAUCUCACCAUUUCCUUAG